AUGGAUCGUGAGAAAUUAGGAGACUGGGACCGUCGCCCAAGGAUUGGGGCUUAUGCCAACAAAACCAAAUUCUGUGUUGGUGACGAGGUCUACCUCAGCGAGCCUGGCGGCCGUGCAUUGCGAGGACCUUACCUAAUUGCCAGCGUCGGAGCUGGUGGAAUCUAUACUCUCAGCCUACAAGAUGGGACAAGGGUGGACAAUGGAAAGGUCUUUAGCGAGGCGAAUCUCGAAUUUGCAUAG